AUACGCCAUGCAUCGCGAUCUCGGAAUACCUGCCUUCUUGCUAUAUGCUUGGAGUGAGGUGGGUCCGACGCUAUAAUUCUCAUCAUGCCAGCACACACUCUGUCAGCUGCCUGCCAUUCCCCGCUCAAGGCUUACGAUAUUCUCUGCAUACAUACGGCUUCCAAGAUGCGCGGUAGCUUACUUGGCGUUGCGUUGACUGAAACAGAUCAGGCCAGGAGACUAAAGACCUAUGGCCGGGCCGCGAGGUGCUAGACUGAUGAACACCUUAAGCUCCCGCGAGUGUUG